CGCUUCACUUUGUGUCUCUCUGUAAUAUAAAACUCCAACUUUUCUCUGCGCAGAUUCUACGUUUCGUAUCCUCUGAAAAACAAAGCUGCUCACUAAGGUUUUAUAUCCAUGGCGGAAGAGGCAGGGCUUGAUUUGGUAGAACUCAGACAACUCCAGAACAUAGCCAAGAGACCUCGUGUUCUCAAUCUCAUUAAUUCCGAGAUUUCCAAUUUGGAGAAGCUAAGGGACUCUGCAAUUGCGAAGCCAGAGGUCCCAGUGUCAGUUCCUGCACCAGUUUCUUCUUCGGUUAAGCCAGUUUCUCCGGUAGUGAACUAUGUCACUCUUGGAACAUUCAGCUGGGAUCAAGACAAUGAAAAAGUCAAGAUGUACAUAUCCUUGGAAGAUGUUGGUCAGGACAAUGUUCAAGCUGAGUUCAAGCCAAUGUCUUUGGACAUCAAAAUCCAUGAUGUACAAGGGAAGAAUUACCGAUGUGCGAUCCCGAAGUUGCAUAAGGAGAUUGUGCCAGAGAAAUGUAAAGUGCUUGUUAAGCCUAAGAGGAUAGUUAUCACAAUGUUCAAGUCUUCCAGAGGAAACUGGCUUGAUAUACACCACAAAGAAGAUAAGCUUAAACCGAGUUUAGAGAAAGAGAAAGACCCAAUGGCUGGAAUUAUGGGCAUGAUGAAGAACAUGUACGAGGAUGGAGAUGAAGAAAUGAAGAAGACAAUAGCCAAAGCUUGGACAGAUGCUAGGUCUGGCAAAGCAACAGAUCCUCUGAAAGGACUAUGAAGCUCCUUUGACAAGUGUUACCAUUCUCAAGUUCGUCUUUUGUAACCUAGCAAGUUUGCGUUUAUGUUCUAGUAACCCUACCCUAUCUUUGAAAGAACUUGACAAAAGUGAAAUAUUUUUUGGAGUUUAGUCUAAUGAUGCAUUUUCUGUUUUGGAUAUUAGCUGUUUAUAAGUAAGCACUCGAACUUUUGUUUAAUAUUCCUAAGCAACUAGAAGCCUUUGUUUUUUAUA